AUGUCUUUUAUGUCUUUAUUAUUACUAUUAUAUGAAUUAUGGCGCUAUUUUCCACAAACAUUUUUAAGAACUAAGAAAUUACAAUUUAAGUCUAAUAUUUUAGAGAAAAAUGAUAUUUUGUGUUCAAAAGAAACUAAAAAUGAUACUGACGAUCAAGUUUUAAAAUAUGAGAAAAUAAAGACAUUAAAACGAUUUAUUAUAUCUCCUGAAAGGCGUAGAAAGAUAACUAGUUCUUUGAAAUAUGAGUCUAUGAAGGCUUUUGAGAAUAAUACCCAGGGAAUGACUGAUAUCGUUAUUGACGUUUAUGUAACUAUAUUAUAUCAAACAUUGAUGGGAUCGACAGAGAAAUAUGCGAAAUUAUUAUAUGAUAUGAUUUUUCCUUACUUUGAGAAGCAAGUGUCUCUUGAAAAUAUUGAUUUUGUUGAAGAUCUUGACGAUUAUUUUGUAUCACCAAAGAAUUCUCAGUCACAUAUAUUUAUUCUUGUUAUUCCUUCAUAUGAAACAGAUUCUCCUGUUGAUAUGCUUAUUUCAAUGCUGAAAGACACACUUCAUGAUUUUAGGUUGGGUGCUUUCCCUUUAAGAGAUUUAAAGGGAUAUGCAGUUUUAGGUUUAGGUGAUCAAGAAAAUUGGCCACAACAAAAAUUUUGCUACCAGGCUAAAGAGAUAGAUCGAUAUCUUUCGAAAUUAGGUGCAAGGAGGAUAGUACCUAUAUGUUGUGGGGAUGUUAAAGGCAAUAUAGUUAAUGAUAUUCAAGUUUGGGCUAAUAAAGUUGUAAAUGUGAUAAAAAAUAGGACAAUACCAGAAUUGAUUUCAGACAUUUCUGAAGAAAGUGAUAAUGAUGCAUUUGAAGAUAAUCAAGACUCUGUUGUUGAUAUGGAAGAUAUAGGAAUGUUGAUGAAAGUAAAAAAAAAUGAUUCUGAAGAGCUUACUAUUAAAGAAAUGGUUGCAAAGGAUUCACCAACAUAUAAAGCAUUAGUUAAGCAAGGAUAUACUAUUGUCGGUUCACAUUCUGGCGUUAAAAUUUGUCGAUGGACUAAAUCUGCUCUUCGAGGAAGAGGAUCAUGCUAUAAGUUUUCUUUUUAUGGUAUUAAGAGUCAUUUAUGUAUGGAAAUCACACCAUCUUUGGCAUGUGCAAAUAAAUGUGUAUUUUGCUGGAGAGGACAUACGAAUCCUGUAGGGACGUCUUGGAGAUGGAAAACGGAUAAACCUGAAGAUAUUCUUGCCGGCGUAAUGGCAGGACAUCAUGAUAAAAUUAAACAGAUGAAAGGAAUUCCUGGAAUUCAAUUACAAAGAUUACAAGAAGCUAUGCGUAUUCGACAUUGUGCUCUUAGUCUUGUUGGUGAGCCAAUAACAUACCCAUAUAUUAAUGAACUUAUUAAAAUGCUCCACGAUAGAAAGAUUAGUACAUUUUUAGUUACUAAUGCUCAGCACCCGGAUGCUUUAGAAAAUAUAGAACAGGUUACUCAGCUUUAUGUUUCAAUAGAUGCUAGUACAAAAGAUUCAUUAAAAAAAAUUGAUCGCCCUUUAUUUAAAGAUUUUUGGGAAAGAUUUCUUUCUUGUUUAGAAAUUUUGGGUCGAAAACAACUAAGAACUGUUUAUCGGCUUACCUUGGUUAAACAGUUUAAUACCCAAGAAAUAGAGGAAUAUGCAAAUCUUGUGUUCAUUGCAAAACCGUGUUUUAUUGAAGUUAAAGGUGUGACUUAUUGUGGAAAUACUGACUCUUCUCCAUUAACAAUGCAAAAUGUUCCUUUCCACGAAGAAGUUGUUAAUUUUUCGAAAGCUUUAACACAAAAAAUAUCAGAAAUUGAUAAUAUGCCUGAAUAUAGGAUUGCUACUGAACAUGUUCAUUCAUGCUGUGUAUUAAUUGCACAAAAGAGGUUUUAUAUAAAUGACAAAUGGUAUACUCAUAUAAAUUAUGACCGUUUUUUUGAAUUAGUUGAAUCAAAAAUGCCGUUUUCUGUUAUGGAUUAUAUUUCGGAAACUCCAAGUUGGGCGUAUUUCAAUUCAGUCCAUGGAGGAUUUAAUCCUGAAGAUACUCGUUGGAGAAGAAAAGGUGCUAAACCCAUUGAUUUGAAAAAAGAUAUGGAAUAA